AUGGCACCGAAGAGAGCAAGAGAGCAAGCUCCCAGACACGUCAAUGCCACGAAGCAGAUACUUGCCUUAGACGUAAUCACAAAACGGACGAAACGCCAUCUCGAAGAGCUCGAGCGUUCCAAUUAUACAGAGCCUUCAAUCACCCUUGACGAUAACGAUGAGGGAGCCAUAAGCGGAAAGAAUCGCGUCCGCCAGAUCGUUUCUGAUAAACGUCACUUGAAUGACCCUAACGCGAAGAAGAAAAAGUCGUCCAUGAAAGUUCGAACGGCGCUCCUAUAUCGCAAGAAUCUCGCUACCCUAAUCGAGGAAUCGCGCAUAGCAAAUCUUCCUUGCCACGUUCCGACAUAUUUAACAGCUGCUGCUCCUCCCCCUCAGUUGCCCCCACGUCUUCUAUGCUCCGUGUGCGGGUACAAGGGCGCAUACAGAUGCAAAAAAUGUGCCAUGCCAUACUGCGACAUGAACUGCGAGAGCGUCCAUACUGAAACACGCUGCGAACGUCGCGUCAUCUGA